AAAGAAAUUAUUUUUAUAAAAUCGCACUCAAUAUGAUUGUACAUAAAAAAAUUUGCACAAUGUCAAUUACUGUAUUUCUAUUGUUACUGUAUCUCAAAAUGAUCACUGCAUACAACGUGGAGUCCAGGAUUGAAAGUACAAAAUUUUUAUUUUCUCCUGCCAUGAAAAUAAAUGCAAAUGAAAGCAGAACUGUUAUUUUGCACAAUAGAGAACCGUCAUAUUAUGGUUAUAAACUAUCAAUUGCGACCGGAACCUCGAAUCCAAGUGUUUUCAUAUCCGCUCCUAAAAUGACGAAUGCUGCUGCGCCAUGGGAGCAACAAAAUUCAACAGACGAACAAAAUAUUGCAGCCGAUGGAACGGUGGAAAAAUGCAUCAUUUCAUUCAUCAACGCUUCAACGCAAUGUAAUUCAGUCAGACUGCAAAACCCACAACCCGGCGACUCGUUUGGAUUGGCAAUGGAUGCCAACGACGAAAACCUUUUAGCAUGUUCACCGGCAAAAAUUCUCAACUGCACGUCAACUUUUAUUACUCCAGGAUUUUGCUACAAAAGUAAAGAUGAAGGACAAACUUGGGAAUCCACACGGAAAAAUUUAGAUUCAAAUUGCCCAGUUCAAAAUUUGGACAUUAUGUUCGUUUUGGAUGGAUCAGGAUCUGUAACUGGGGGAAAUUUUGAUAUUGUGAAAGAUUGGACGGCUAACUUAACCAAAGAAUUUGAUAUUGAGACUGGAAAAGUACAUGUAGGAGUUGUUCAGUACUCCUACUGGGAUGAUAAUGUAGAUGUAAAUAACCAACUAUAUGUGAAAACUGAGAUUGGAUUGGGCCAAUAUAAUAAUGAAACAGAAUUGCUGGAUGCCAUCGGGAAAAUCAACUAUCAAGGUUAUACAACUGCUACUUCUCAUGCUCUCAACAAAACAAUAUUAGACUUCCAGGCAUCGAGUCGAUGGUCCGAUAAGUCAACCAAGAAAAUCAUUCUACUAUUGACAGAUGGCGAAGCCACCGACCCUCAAUAUCUCCCACAAAGUGCAGAUUAUGUACGUUCUCUAGGAAUCACCACAUUUGCAAUCGGAGUCGGAAACUAUAAGGAAGAAGAGUUACGGAUCAUAGCAACGGGAAACUUGACAUCAAGAGAGAGGGUAUCGAGUGUGAAUAAUUUUGAAGACCUGAGUGGAAUUCUAAAGAAAUUGAGAUCAGAAAUUCUUAAUUUAGUUCUGGAAGGUGCUGCCAACAAUAAUUCUGUAUCAAGUGAUAUGGAGCUAGGAGAGGAAGGAUUUUCAAUUACUGGCUCUAAGACAAAACAAAUUUGUGUAAGUUUUCCCAAAGCAUGGCCACGAGCCGACACAUUGACAAUAAAACUGAUAAGCGGGAUAUAAUUCUACAAAGAGCAAGAUUUUGGAAACGACUUUAACCACUACAGCCGAAAAAUAC